UUAUGCGUUUCUUCUAGCACUCACGCCCUUGGAUGGAUGAUGUUUACGGAAGAAUAGAGGUCUUCCCACAUCACUUCUCGCCACGGACAGAGCCCAUGGAUGCUGCCGCUGACGGCCUGUCCACGAGUACGAGCAACAUGAAUCCUUCCCCAAGUCCUUCACGCAGACGUUCUUGGACCCCGAAACGAGUCAUGGGAGCCGCAUCGCUUCUACAUCUUCUGUCGAUUCCUCGCCUUAGGUGGUCUUCCAGCAACGAGGACGACGACAAGAUCGAACUGACCAGAGCUGAGGUGGAGUCAUUACGAAGCGAAAUCGCUGAUGCUGAUGAGAGGGAGUCCCAGUUAAAAGCUCGGUUGGAAAACAUCGAUGAGGUCUUGAGAUACGCUCGUCUCUGCGGGUACCUUUAUAUCAGAAGUAGAUGGAGUCAGCUUCCAGGGGAGCCACCCAUCAUAGACGACGCGGAGGUGGACGACUGGCUACCUCGCUUUGUCGUCCUGCAUGGGCAGUGCAUAUACUACUACCUCAAGUCUACAGAUUUGAGCCCUCUGGAGUCCACCAUGCUGCGCGACGUGGUUGAUGUAGGAGAGCUUCCAAACUUUGUGCCGGAGGACGGGAAGACUCGGCACGCGUUCUACAUACUGACCCGGGCGGGCCUGAGGUUUGAGUGCUCGAGCAGCUGCGAGAUACAGGUGGAUUCGUGGGUGCGAGCAGUAAGGAGCGGCUGCACACUGACGAGCGAUGCUGACGAGGAGGUCAAGAGCAAGACGAGCGGAUCAUGGUGAUGUGUACAGCAUGUGCCUGUGGGUUGCUGUGCUAGGAUUUGGUAUUAUGUUGUCAACUGGAGAGUGGACACAUGGAUCGAUUUCAAAUGUGCAUGCACUGU